GAAACGAACAACAGGACGUAACGGGAUUAAGCUUGCUUGCCAUCGCCUGAAGUCGUAGUUUUUUCUCUGGUAAUUUAUAUGGAGAUGGAUAGCUGUUGCAGACAUGCAUUUUGUCACUAUUAAUAACGCGUACUGCAUAUGAACCAUUAUUUUGAUUUUAUUGGUUACAUACAUUAUGAAUAUGAGUAAACAACCAAAACAAAAAUUUUUUUAAACUACUCCAGACAUUAUUUCAUAAGAAACGAGAACAUAUUUCGAAGCAUUUGAAGACAACUCUUUCAAUUACUUCACGGUAUUAAUCAACCAAUUAUUACAAAAAAUAAAUUAUGAAAGCGGUCAUACAGAGAGUUUCUAAAGCAUCUGUUUCAGUAAAUGGAGAAAUUAUUAGCAGUAUUGGCAAUGGACUUUGUGUACUGAUCGGAAUAAAAACUGAUGAUAUUUUAGCAGAUUCCGAAUAUAUCGCUGAUAAAAUAUUAAAUUUAAAAAUUUUUGACAAUGAUACUGGCAAAAGAUGGGCUGCAAGUGUGAUGGAUAAAGAUUAUGAGAUAUUAUGCAUUAGCCAAUUUACAUUGUAUCAUAUUAUUAAAGGAAAAAAAUUAGAUUUCCAUAAAGCAAUGCCUGCAGCAUUAGCUGAACCAUUUUAUAAAAAUUUCCUUCUCGAACUUGGACGAAAAUAUAAACCUGAACUUAUAAAAGAUGGACAAUUUGGAGCUAUGAUGCAAGUUUCUAUUGAAAACAAUGGGCCAGUAACUCUAGAAAUCGAAUCCCCUACCAAAGACGACAUUACUUCUGUUCCUAUUUAGUUAAAUUUAUAAAUUUUACAUUUUUAUACUUGAAACACUGAUUUACUUCAAAAUGAUUAAUUCUUUUUUGAUAACUAAAAUUAUUGAUUUCGAUGAUACGGAAAGAAUAUUUUUAUUUUAUGUAUUUCGAUACAUAAAUUGUUUAUCUACACAUUUUCAAAAAAUACAUUUUUUAUAAUUAUCAAUAUUGAUGAUGUUAUUACUUACUUUGUUAUCGAUAAGACAAAGAAGUCUAUACAAAUAGAAAUUUUCUCUGUCUUCCAUGUUUAUUUGAUGAAAGGACUUACGGAGGAUUCAUUUAGGAAGUGUGAAGGUCUAGUCUCCGUAGAUAAACCCUGUCAGAAAUGCCCCAUACCUUGUAGUGUUUAAGUUAUGGGACUCCAAACUUUAUAUCAAACACUUUAUCCAUUACAUCAUGUGACUUUGUAAACUUAGUGAGUACAAGUUUUAGUCGGAAUGUUGUAUUAAGAGUGCUGUACAGCCGACA